AUGAAUGAGACUGGAGUUUCAAGUCUAAACAAUCGAGUAGUUUGGUCUUCAUCCCGUCUUCUUGCCCCGGCGUUGUACGUCGCUCCCGUCGACUGCCUUGCACGAAAUGUCGCAUCCAGAAGCCUGAUCCUGAAGUCCCUCCUAGGCGAUGAACCAGCUAAGGCCGAUAUUGAUAGACCAUCAGAGGUGGUUAUCCGGCAUCGAGUCGGCGGACCCGAACCAACAUCAACCUCGCCGAUGAACCAGCCGAAAGAAGGCAUGGUUCGAGACAGACUUGCCGAGAUGCAGGCCAAGAGCGCCGAGAUAGGGGAAAGCAAACAAAAGAAUAAAGAAAGCGAUGGAACACCACUGCUAAAUUCUGAGGAACAACUUGAAGAAUGCCUCAAAAGAGUCACAGAGAUUGAUAACAAGAUAAAAACUAUGAAAGAUGAAAUUGAACAAAUGAAAAAGCUACAGAAUAAUAUUUCCAAUUCACUAAUAAAUAAGAAGGAAGGGAAAAAGCUGGAACAGACUUCAGAUAAAGUGUUUAACACCUGGUCAAAACUCCAGAAAGAGAUUACAGAGUACAGAUCUGAGUUUGCGGGAAUGCAUAUGGACAACACCCAUGAAAGAAUGAUAAGGGCUCAUUUAGACAGGUUUGGGAGCGACGUCACAAAGACCAUGGAUGAUUUUAAGGCAGCUCAGUUGGAAUACAUUGAGAAGACGCAGAAAUUACGUACCAGGAGGUAUGAAAUCGUCACAGGAAAAGAAGCUGGAGGAAGUGCUACUGUCGAUCCAAGUAAUAUACAAGGUGUAUGUGCUGGUGAUUACUUUGAAGAAGCUCAAAAAGCGAAGACGAAGCUGCCAGAGAUUGAAGCCAGAGAUAUGGAAAUUAAGAAAAUUGAAAACAGUGUUGUACAAGUCAAUCAGUUGUUUAAAGAGAUGAAUGCUUCUGUAAUGGAGCAGGGUGAAUGGGAAGAUAACAUUGAGAGACAUGUUGAAAGAGCUCCGAUUUAUGUUGUUGAAUCAAGAAAUGUUCAGCUGACACAAGCUAGACAAAGUCCGUCGAAGGCAAGAAGGAAGAGGAUCUGUUGUAUCGGAGUUCUUGUAGCGAUUCUCCUUAUUGCAGGAGUUAUUAUAACUAUCGUGAUUGUUUCACAGAGUGAUAGUAAGUAA